AUGUCUUACGGUCCGCGCAUGAGCAUGGCUCCGCGCACCACCUCCCAUGGAGCUCACAACCAACGUGCGCCUGCACCGCAAGAAAACGAUGCUUUUAUGACACUGCCCGACUCUGAGAUUGCCGGGUGUAUAACAGACAUUGGCAUCACUUUCACUGUCGCAGAUCUCCAGAAGCCCAACCCUCAGAUCAUACAAAAGGUCUUCGAAUGGCUUGCGGAGCUGCUCAUGAACACCACGCGCGAAGUGGUUGCGCCUGCGAUGCGUGCCGCUGCAGAGGAUAUGUGCGGCGAUGGUGCUGAGCGUUUGUUCACGAGCGACACGCGCGAUCUGAUGGCCUUUUUCGUCAUCCUCAGGAAACUGCUGCGAGAGUGUGGCAUCCAGGAUUUCACAUUCGCGGACCUCUACAAGCCAACACAUCAUCGACUGGUUAAGAUCUUCUCGUACAUGAUCAACUUUAUAAGAUUCAGAGAGUCACAAACAGGAGUCAUCGACGAACACUUCAACAAAGCUGAGCGCACGAAGCUCCGCAUCGAGCAGCUGUACAACGAUAAGGAGGCGAAAGAGCUGCAGCUCGCUCAACUCCAGCGCAACCGAUCAGCCACCGAAAGGCUCAUGCAGGAGAAAGAGAAGCGCAACGCAGAACUCAGAAACAGGCUACUGGAGCUGAAAAGAGGUCAAGAGGCGGUUGUAGAGAAGCUUGAGCGCGCAAAGGCAGAGCAGGCCAGGCUCAAGGAGAUGCUUCAGCAGAAAGUCGAGAACAAGGAGAACGUGCAGCGCGAGGUCAUCAAGCUGAAGCCGUACACACAACAGAGCCCAACAGCACUAGAAGACUCACUGCGCGACCUCAACGACCGGCUUUCCGCCGACAAGAGUUACAUCGACUCUCUAGACCGCCGCGCUCGUGCUUUGCAGACUUCACACGACUCAUUCGGUGUGGUCACGGCCGAUGUCACAUCAUGCACUCGACUUCUGACAGACGUUCAAGCCGACCUAGCCAAGGAAGAAGAAGAGUUGGCGAAGGCAUCACGGCACCGAGAUGCACUUGCAGACCGCAGCAACAACGUUAGAGACGUUGAGAGGCAAGAGCGACUUCUGCAAAAACAGUUGAGCAACGUCAAUGGGCGAACCGAAAAGCUGAAAACAAAGGGCAACGAGGAGGCAGAACGCGCACGAAAGCGCAUGGAGGAGCUGCGCGAUACGCAUUCCAAGCUGACGGAAGAACGGGGCGAGAAGGGCCGCGACAUGGAGAGGCGGCGAGUGCGAAUCGAGCAGACGGAGAAGAAGAUGGCGGAGCUCAAGGACAACAUUGAGAAUGAGGUGCAUGCUGCGCAUGACGAGUACCUGAAGAUGGAGAGCCACAUCAAGCUCUACAUCACUGAGAUGGAGCAGAGCAUCUAG